CGCGCGGCGGUCUUAGCGGCGGCGGCGGCGCCCGGCGCGCACAGCGGCGGCCCUCGGCGGGAUGACGGGGAUGACGGGGACGACGGCGACGGGCGCGGAGCGGCUCCGCGAUGGCAGCUGCCACUUCCAGCGCUCCCGGCUCAUCUGGAUGAUCGCCAUCACCUUCGGCAUGAUCCUCCUCGGCUGGGUAACACUUUGGCCUUCAACUAUACCUUAUAGUUAUUUGGGAAUAUUUGGUACCUUCCUUAAUUAUUUAGUGGAAAACCACCACAAAUGGGUAUGCUAUGGGUUCUGGGUAUCCUGGUUGAUUCACGUAGUAGAAGCCUUCUAUGGUGUUAAGUUAUGCCAAUCUAAAGGAAUCACUGACCCGGCAAUUCAGUUUCAAUGGUUCAUUCAGACACUGUUAUUUGGAUAUGCUUCCUUUGGUCUUCUGGUGUCUUACAAACCUUCAGCCAAGAAGCACUACUAGAAGACAGCGAAAGAAGUCACUUCUCACAUUCUUCAUCCUCAUUUUUUGGAAAAUACCCUCACUUACAUGUCUAGGUGGUAUAAUUAGCUAAAUUAGAUUCCUGCUACAUGAAUCAGUACCCUUCUACCCAAGUAACUCUCCUCUUACUAAACAAGACCAUUAUAAUUCACAGGGCCCUGUGGAUAGUUUGGUAGAAAUUCAGCCCUUUGGUCUCGGCACUGCCAAAGUUCAAUCCCAUUAUGCAGGAAGCCAAAAGUUGCUCCUCUGCAGUUUUUGACAUAGACUGUAUAGUCUGAUUGUUAUUGAAAAGUCCCUGACAACUGGUAGUAGUGGUUGAUAAAUUACUUUUCAUAUGAAGGAAUUUUCUUCUACAACAGGGAGAGUUACUUACCGCCAGAAGGCAACUUGCACCUGUUUUGUGAUAGGAUUUAAAUUUAACUGUAUUUUCUCUACAGGACAUUUUACUGGCUUUGUUGUUGUUGUUAGAGCCUCGUCUUUGUACUUAGUUUUGUCAACUUAUUUUCUUCCACAAAGGACAGACCACUGUAUUGCUGCAGGCACAUUAAAAAGACCAAGUCUCAAUUCAGGUUGAGGUGCAAUGAUGACCUUGGAUACAUAAAGCACUUUUUAACUUGGUUUAAUACAUGUGCCUUAAAUUUCAUGCAGCAUGACCUCAUCUUUUGAAUGAAGAUUUUAAUCUUUGAGUUAGUAUAGCAUAAAGUAGUAAUCCUGGAGCUUUGAGGGCAGCUUUUUCAAAAAGUAAUUUAUUAUCCAAGAAAAAAGAAAAAAUCAACUAGCAUUCCAAAACCUAGCUGAAAAUUUUGUAUUUUUGAAUGAAAUUAAAUGUAGUGAGUAAACAUACACCACUGUUUACCAGGUGCUGACGUCCUGAAGUCUAUGGUUGAGAGACCAUCUUAAGCACCCCUCAGAGUACUUCCUGUAUGUGUAGCGAGCCUUUUAUCAUAUUGCCUUUUACUUUUGAAUAUUUGAACAAGAAUUUAGCCUGUCUUGUUUUAGCACUUUUAAAAUUAGUAACUAUUUAAACUACUAACUAUGGUGUGGGGAGAAGCUUUACCACGCCACCCGUGGUGCUAUUGUUCUGGAAGAAAGGACACGAAAAGGUUGUUCUUGCUCUAACGAAGAGCUCCAUGAGGCAGUAACAAAUAAAACUUAUGUCUUGUGCAGUACCUACAGACUGUAACACUUCUGAUGGAGAAGUCUUAUUCAAGCACAGGUACAUAAAGUUUUUGCUUUUCAGUGGGUACUAAAAGCAUGGAGAACUGAAGGGUUUGAAAUGGUUGUUUGGUUUGGGUUUGUUUUUUUCUUUAAAAUGGCUAACUGAUAACAUUUUGUAGAGAAGUAGAAACUCAUGGUUAGGGGCUAGAAAUCCAGUAGGAAUGUCAAGAGCCUGAGCUAUGUUUAACUGUGUAACCUCUUAUCUUAGUCUGUGACCCUGAAAUACAGAUUUUAAAAAAAGUGAA